AACCUGCAUAAAUGUCAGUGAAGGAAGAAGUUAUUAAGAUAAACUCAGAGAGACAGCUAGUCACUUUUCUGUUCUACAGAAGGAACAAAGACAGAAGGGAAAAUAAGAACCCUAGAAAUAUGGUAACAAGCGGAUUCUACUGUAGAGUGUACGCAGUAGAUGGCGAAUUGAUGAAUAGGCCUGUUACGUUUAAAGUCAGUAAAAAUAUACAGAAUAAUCUCAAUAACCACAGGUUCAAUGAAAGUCAAAGGGAUAUUAAGAUAUGAGAGGACAUGACACAUAAAGGAGUCAUUGGGUGUAAGAGUAUAGAUGUUUCCUUUGAUAAAGAAGUCGAUCCUCAGGAAAUAUUAGAUAUUAUGCUUACUUUUGUCGAAUCUACCAUCCAAAAAUCCAACAGUGGUGCAAAUUGUUGGAAUAAAAACAUUACAAUGAUGGAACUGCUUGCGGUUGCCAAGAUCUUGUCCUUCUUUGAACUCACAAGGUUUGAAAAAGAUGUAUUAGCUAAUGUUAUCCAACAGAAGAUCUCAAAAGGUUAACUGAUUAUAUGCUCUAAAUGAGACUUAUCUGAAAUUACAAGAAAGUGAUCUCCAAGAUGAGUCUCAAUACUGGACUUUGCUCACAAGCAUGAUGAUGGAUUUCUGUGUCUUCCAUCUAAGAUAUUUUCUUAAGUGGCAAAGAAGCCAGUUGUUAGAGUUAGCAAAUAUCUCUUUAAAAAUAUUUGAAAUGAUGAUCUCCAAGUCGAUAGUCUACUUCUUUCCUGAUCCAUACCACGAUCACACAGAUGUCAUUGAGUUCUUAAUGGAAGUAAAAGAUUUCGAUAAUAUUUUCGAACUUUUUGAUCAUGAAAAGCAACUUGCUUCUAAUGACGAGAACAGUAGAAUUGAAGGAGAAGUUGUGCAAGACUGAUUCUCGUGGAAGAUCGGGGCUUUUAAAGGGAACUACUUUAAAGAAACCCCUCCAUUUGCUGCAGAGGAAUGAUACUGGAGCAUCCUACUUUCUUAUAUUAAAGAAGAAGAUGAUUUUCUAAAUGUUUCAUUAAGAAUGGUGAACAAUCCUUAUGAGAAGAGAAAUGAGGCUUAUUAUAAGAAAGAAGAAUAUUACUAUCAAUUACCUGAUGAUUUUGGAAUCGGGUAUACAGGAAGAUCCUCCCAAGAAGUUUCUUCUAUUGGCUUAGCACAGCAUUCAUUAGUUUAUAUCUCAGCUGGAGUUAAACUUGAUGAAAGAGAUGAUUUUGAUAAUAUCCAGCUAUUUCCUUUGAUAUGUGCUUCAAAAAUCCCGACCUUACUUGCUAAAAUACCAAAGAAUGUUUUCCUUCAAGAACAGGAGAGCAUUCAAAUAUUCUUCUAUACAAAAAUAAAGCCUACUCUCUCAGCCCUUCUUUCUUACAUUAGUAAGAAUUUUGAUCUUCUUCAUGAUGAUCAGAAAAUAGCUCUUCUAAGUGAAGAUGAUCUCUGAAUUCUCUUGAGACAUAAAGACAUAUCAGUUGGUCAUGAAGACCAAGUCUUGAAAGCUGUCUGUCUCUGGAGGAUAAAACGCCCAAUAGAAAAUGAUUACAGCAAGGUUUAUUCAUGAAUAAACUGGAACUAUUGCUCUUUACCCUGCAUCCUAAAGGUUCUUUAUAAAUACAAAUCAGUGAGAGAAGAUAAGUACCUGAAAAGUUUUAUUGAGCAGGAGUUCCUACGAAGAUGAAAGAAAUCACAGGAUAAUUCAAAAGUUUCGAUGGAUCCUCCAAGACUUCGGUACAAGUACAUAGGUGGAAUUAAGUCGUUGAUUCCUGAUGAGCAGAAGCAAUUUACCCCAGUACUUCCUUUCUUAGUUGAAAACCAUUCGAAGCUCUUCAUAGAGAGAAUGUUUGAGACCAUUAUUGACAUUAUGAAAACAGCUAAAAUUACCAAGCAAAAUGAUGAAAUUAUUACUAAAGCAGAACCAAAAAGAAACUUACUUGGUGAAAAUGAAGAAGAAAAGCGCUUAUCUCUUAAAGGAAGCCACUUUCAUGAAAGUCUCUCCAUGUCAGAUGAAUCUCUCGAGAGCGAAUCAGAUGAAAGUGCUGGAAAUGAUCACCCUGAUAACCUCUUAGCAAACCAAGAGAUCUUUAAGCAACUGCAAAAUCCAGCUGUUGAUAUCCAGGAAUUACUCCAGAGCUAUAAACUCAAAUAAAGAAAUUUGCUUAAAAGAGAAAGAAAAUCUGGUUAAUCAGCUUAAAAAUGUUGAAAGAAACCACAUACACGAAAUUGAGCCUUGCAGAAGGCUAAGUAAUUGAGAAAAUCAAAACCAAGAAGUUAUUUCAGAAGUUAUUGCAAAUCCAUUUAUCCACAAUAAUGGUUGCCAUCCCUCUGGCAGAAAGUUCCAGAAUAACUCCCCUUCAGAAGAUCAAGACCAGUUAGAAGAACCAGAGCCUGAAAGUUUGAUGAUCACCCCUCAAGCUCUGAAGAAGAAUAGUCCUAAAGGAAGCGAAAAGGAAGUCUUUGAAGUCCAUCAUAUUAAGUCUAGUGCAAGACAUAGUGAAGAAAGCAAACACCUUUAUAAUGAAGAAGACAAGGACUCAGAAAAAGACAAUUAUAUAGUCAGUAACAGUAGCAUUAAAGAAAGGUUCAGUAUAAACGGCAUGGGUAAAGCUAAUUGAUCGACUUCCAGAAAUCCCAAGAAUAAUGAUGCAAUGAACAAAAUCUUGAGAGAUAGCAUCAAAGUUAAUUCAUGUGCGGAUUUUGAGCAGAACAAUGAAGUAGCUUACAAUGCAGCUCCAGUUGUAUUACAGACUGCUAAUUUUGAUGAGAACAAUAAUCAGACUCCAGACGUUUCUGAAAUUAAGAAACAAAGUCUAAAGAAUAAUAAUUUUGUAGAGGAUAAUAACUUAAGAGCAAUUCUGAAUUCAAAAUAUUCGGUUCCUAACAGAUCACCAGAUGGAAGUUUGAAAAAUGAAAUGAUUAAUGGAGUUGGAGUUAAGAAAUCGUAUCAAAGUUUUUCAAGACCAGAGAAACUUCUUUGAACACCUGAAGCUUUAAAAGAUGUAUUUGACAAUGAGUUCAUCUCAAAACUCAGGAAGGAGGUAGAAGAAAUCAAAAAUCCAAAAGCCCAAGACAACUCCAGAACCCCUCCUUACCAUAAAAAGCCUUUCCAGAACCAUUACUCCAACAUAAAGACCACUAACACCACUCCUAACAUCCAAACCCCCAUUGCCUCCCCAAAACCAUCCCCUACCGACCUCAAAAUCCCUAAACCACCUCUCAACCUCCACUCUCCUGAAGCCUUCAACGACAUCACCACCUCUCUAUUCCCCAACAAGAUAUUCCAAGACCCCUCUUCUUCCCAGCCCCUCUUCAAAGAUCUCAACUAAACUCCCUAUAUCCAACACCUAAUUUCUCAAUAUCUUAAAA